AUGGACGAUCGCGAACGACACAGAAGCAUGUCGCUGAUACCCUUUGCAACCGCCGAGUCGCGAGAAGUGGUGCUGCGCCAUGGUUCAGCCGUAGUCGUCUACGAUCCCCACUCACGACAACUCUCCCUACGUGACGCUUCUCAAGCCAUCGACGCCGAAGCUACCUCGUGUCCGUACUGCCGUCGGCCAUACCGCGAGCCUUCACCACAUGGUGAAGCUAAGAACGACGAGCAUGAACACACAGCACCAGGCAUACCGGCUGAGAAUGGCUUCGUCAACCCAGCUUACUUUCAAAUGCUGCGCAUGAGCCAGCCAAGUUCUAAGAACAGCUCCCGGCCCUCAUCGCCACACAAGCAGCUCGCCCCUGCGCCGUUCGGAGGCAACUUCCGUUCACCAGAGGGGGCUGAAUUUGUCGGCAGUGCGCCUGCGCCUCAGAAAAGUCAGGGUAUAUCUGCCAAAGCGUUCAGCCCGAAUUAUUUCAAGACCUUCUUUGUGGAAGAGCGAGAGCUGGGAAGAGGCGGAAAGGGCGUGGUUCUUCUCGUACAGCAUGUCCUGGAUGGCGUGCAGCUGGGCAAGUUUGCUUGCAAGCGUGUACCAGUGGGCGACGAUCACGAGUGGCUGGAGAAGGUACUCAUCGAAGUCCAACUGCUGCAAAACCUAUCGCAUCAGAACCUAGUCUCGUAUCGACAUGUCUGGCUUGAAGACUUUCAGAUAUCGGCCUUUGGACCUAGCGUGCCUUGCGCUUUUAUCCUGCAGCAAUACUGCAAUGCUGGAGAUCUCCAUCAAUACAUUCUGGACUCGGCCAAGAGCAGGGUGACUACAGAACUGAUGAAGGAACGGCUGAGAAGAAGAUCAAAGGGGCAACUUGAAGAGCCACAAGACCUACACGGCCCACGCAAGAUGCACUUUGAGGAGAUUAUAUCCUUCUUCAAGGACAUUACCUCCGGUCUCGACCAUCUCCACGCGAACGGCUAUAUCCAUCGAGAUCUGAAGCCAAGCAACUGCUUACUACAUAAUACUGGCCAUAAAAUCAAAGUUCUAGUCAGUGACUUUGGUGAAGUGCAGUCCGCAAACGUUGCCAGAAAUUCUACUGGUGCCACUGGGACAAUAUCAUACUGUGCUCCCGAAGUUCUACGCCAGGAGCAUCCGGGUGGUGCAUUUGGAAACUUCACCACAAAAUCCGAUAUUUUUUCUCUAGGCAUGAUUGUGUACUUUAUGUGUUUUGGACGACUUCCGUACAGGAACGCAGACGGCAUUGAUGAAGACAACGAGGAUCUCGACCAACUGCGCGCCGAGAUCUCAACAUGGGCUGGCAUAGACGAUGAACAGCGCAUUCGCUCCGAUCUUCCCGAGAAAUUAUAUCGUUCGCUCAAACGCUUGCUUGCUCUGACUCCUGACGCGCGCCCUGGCACGGAAGAGAUUCUGCACGUACUCAAGUCCCCACUGGUGUUUGAUGAAUUCAGCACCUAUGGCGCCGGACCAUCUAAUCGCGAAGAAAUCAGCCCCCGCAUCUCACGAGCCGAUACACCAAGUCCGUCGUCCAAUCAGACGGGACGAAAGCACACGUCUGUCAAUUACUCACGUCCGGGACGUUCGCAUCUCAGCGCCACAGUAGUGGACCGCUCGCCCAGUCCGCCAGAACCUCAGAGUCAAGACAUGAACCGCCAGUCCUCUGAAGAUGGAGGAGCUGUUGUCCUACGACCGAGGAAGGUGGACCUGCCGCCGCCUACAUCAAGUCCAACCAGAGCAUUGAGUCCACAGCGCUUAAUGCUACCACCUCCCCCGGCAAAUAUCAGCGCAAGGUUGUAUCGGAUAUUGAGACAUUCUGGAACAUUGAGUGUGAUCAAGGUGGUGCUGUUUGUGGCAAAGGCAGUCAGUUUGCUCAGUCCUUGUCAGCCGUUCGCGGCGGAGGCAAGGGCUGUGUAUCCAUUGUUGCUUGUGGCAAGCUUGGACUUUUUGAACAUUAGGGCUGGCGUGAGGAUCAGAGGAAGCUAUGUGGGCGUUGAUGGGGUGGCGGGGAGCUUGGGUUUGCUGGCAGUGCAUGUGUUGGUCCUGAUGGUGUUGAUCAGGACGGAUAGACUGUGUGUGAGGAGAGUAUGGGAGGAGUUCCUUUAA